UGUACACCCAAUUGGUCCUCCUAGCUAAGCUAAGGAUAUAAAGCCAAAAAGCUUGUGAAACCAAACUACAAAGAAACACCAUGGAAACAAAAGUGGCGAAACUUGGGAGUUCUCUUCUUGUGCCUUGUGUUCAGGAACUAGCUAAAUCCAACAUGGAUGCUAUUCCACAGAGAUACAUACGCUCUGACCAAGAUCAACUCAUCAUCCAUAAUGAAGUUCCAUCACAUCUUGAGGUUCCUGUUAUUGAUAUGAAGAGGCUGCUUUCUCAUGAAUCUAUGGAUUCUGAGUUGGCCAAGCUUCAUUGUGCUUGCAAAGAUUGGGGUUUCUUUCAGUUGGUGAACUAUGAAGUGAAGCAUUCACUUUUGGAGAAGAUAAAGAAGGAGGUCCAGGACUUGUUUGAUCUCCCAAUGGAAGAGAAGAAAAAGUUAUGGCAAUAUCCGGGAGAAGUGGAGGGUUUUGGGCAAGCCUUUGUUGUAUCUGAGGACCAAAAGCUUGAUUGGGGCGACCUUUUCUUCAUGGUCACCCAGCCUGCUCAUGCAAGGAAACCCCAUUUAUUUCCAAACCUCCCUCUUCCUUUGAGAGAGACCCUAGAUACUUAUUCAUCAGAAGUGAAAAAUUUAGCUAUGGCUAUCCUUGCACAGAUGGCUAAAGCACUAGAGAUAGAGGCAAGAGAAAUAAUAGAGAUUUUUGAAGAUGGACAUCAGUCAAUGAGAAUGAAUUACUACCCUCCAUGUCCUGAACCUAACAAAGUCAUUGGGCUUACUCCACAUUCAGAUGCCACAGGUCUCACUAUCCUCCUGCAGGUCAAUGAAGUCGAAGGUCUUCAGAUAAAGAAAGAUGGCAAUUGGGUUUCCAUUAAGCCCCUCCCAAAUGCCUUUGUCAUCAACAUUGGAGACAUUUUGGAGAUUAUAAGCAAUGGGACAUAUCGCAGCAUUGAGCACAGGGCAACGGUGAAUUCGGAGAAGGAAAGGCUGUCGAUUGCAACGUUUUAUGCUCCAAGAUAUAGUGCAGAAAUAGGGCCAGCUCCCAGCUUAAUCAGUAAACAAACUCCAGCAUUGUUUAAGAAAAUAGGAGUUGAAGAGUAUUUCCAAACUCUAUUUGCUCGUGAGCUCCACAGUAAAUCUCAUCUUGAUACCCUCAGAAUUUGAUAUGGAAUAAUGGUCCUCUAUUGAUGGGAACAGGACUAUAUAGCAUCUUAAUUUAGUAUCUAAACUUUACUUGUACCGAAUUUACAGAUAAAUAAAGCUUGCAGUGCGUUUUGUUAAUAUUCAUAUUUGUACUUUGAGAGCCAGUUUGUCUUGUAGAGUCUCUUAGAAAAUAGAAAAUACCAACUUUCUUCCUA